AUUUUUAAGUACUGUUUAUUGCCGCCGCCAUAGCAACAUGCGCAGCGGAUUUUAAUAACCAUUGUGCGCAUGUUGCCACAACGGCGAGCGGGAAAACAAAAUAAUUUUCGCGAACUAGGUAAAUAAACUGUCAUCUUCAUCAAGCUACUCUUGCUCAACAGUUAGUGCUGCUCGUGAAGCUGAUAUUAUGGGAUUAUUACAGUCUCUUAACUGCUUUUAUUCUAAAGGAGAAGCUAUUGCAGAUUGCAAUCAAUUGAAAUGCAAUGUAAAGUUUAUGGGAAGAACGCGCUCACAUUCUGGACUUGGAGAUGUCUGUAGGCUUUGCAUUGAAGCUUCUGCCAUAUCAAAAAAGAAACUCAGAAACAAGGAAAAGUUUCUAUUUGAGAUACAAGAUGAUCACUUUGUCAUUGAAGGAAAAAGAGGAACCAGGAAAUUAGCUCUUAGUUCUGUCACAAUCAUUAAAAGCAUCAUUAGUGAUAAAGCAUUUCUUGUUAUCAUAAAAAAUAAAGAUGGUACUUUCCAUGUGGAAAUCUACAGUUCUGCUGAAAAGGCUAAGAUGAACGAAAUAUGUGAUUUCUUCAAGACUCACCAAAGUGGUGUCUUUUCUGAAAUUUGUAACACCAACAAUAAUGAUAACGAAAUGCUUCCUGAUGAUCAAGCCUAUAGAUAA